UAUAGCUUCAAUUUUCUAACGCGCACUCCCGCUUCAAUUUGCGGAUUCUGCUCUCUCUCUCUGAAACUCUACAAACCGAUUCGCCUCUGUCACUUCGAUCAGCUUACUGGAACCGACUUUCCGAUCUGUUGCAGGAUUUCCGAUCUCAGAUUCAUUUCUCUCAGAUGCAGCUGUGAAGAAACCCUAAUUGCACACAUAUAUCUAUAUAUACUUACUGUUCCAUGGAUUCGUUGUGCCCGCCUUUAACUCCUCGAUGGAAUGCUGAUAGACCCUUCCUCACCGGUCAAUUUCACCAGGAAUCAAAGGCCUCAUCCUCUCAAACUGCUGGCUUUUCAAUGGAUUUGUUUAGUCCUGGAAUGGAGAAGGCCAUAGGUUGCUACAAUGCUUCUGUUCAGGAACUGAUUGUCAUUGAUGAUCUUUUGUCUGCUUUGAUUGGAGUUGAAGGACGAUACACUUCGAUCAAAAGAGUACAAGGGAAGGAUGAUAAUUUUACCUUCCAGGUUGAUGCAUCUAUGGAUUUAGCAUUUCAGGAAUUGGCAAAACGGCUAUUCCCAUUGUGUGAGUGCUAUUUGUUGAUUAAUCAGUUUGUGGAAUCAAGGUCUCAGUUCAAGACAGGUCUAGUUAAUCAUGCCUUUGCUGCUGCACUACGAGCACUCCUUCUAGAUUACCAGGCCAUGGUGGCACAGCUUGAACAUCAGUUUCGAUUGGGAAGACUUUCGAUUCAAGGAUUAUGGUUUUACUGUCAGCCGAUGAUGGGAUCAAUGCAAGCACUGUCUGUUGUGAUAAAAAAGGCUUUAGCUAGUAAUUUUGUGGGAUCAGCAGUGCUUAAUCUUCUGCAGAGUCAGGCUAAAGCCAUGGCAGGCGAUCAUGCAGUCAGGUCAUUACUGGAAAAGAUAACACAAAAUGCAACCAAUGCUUAUCUUGGCAUAUUAGAAAGGUGGUUGUAUGAAGGAGUGAUUGAUGAUCCAUAUGACGAGUUCUUUAUUGCCGAGAAUAAGUCUCUGCAAAAGGAAAGUCUUACUCAAGAUUAUGGUGCAAAAUAUUGGCGACAACGUUACAGUCUGAAGGAUGAUAUUCCUACCUUCCUUACAAAUGCUGCUGGAACAAUUUUGACUACGGGAAAAUAUUUGAAUGUGAUGAGGGAAUGUGGGCACAGUGUUCAGGUCCCCAUUUCAGAACAAUUCAAAUUGAUGAGCUUUGGCGGAAAUCAUCAAUAUCUUGAGUGUAUAAAGGCUGCUUAUGAGUUUGCCAGUGGUGAGCUCUUAAAUCUCAUAAAAGAAAAGUAUGACCUCAUGGGAAAGCUGCGGUCUAUGAAACAUUAUCUUCUUCUUGACCAGGGUGAUUUCUUGGUUCAUUUUAUGGAUAUAGCUCGAGAUGAGCUCUUAAAGAAGCCUGAGGAGAUUUCUGUUGAGAAGCUGCAGUCUCUGCUAGACCUUGCUUUACGCACUACAGCAGCUGCAGCAGAUCCUUGUCAUGAGGACUUAACAUGUUGUGUGGAAAGAUCUACUUUGAUCAGAACAUUGAGCAUGCUCAAAGAUCUUGAAAUCAAACGGACUGGUGAUAGCACUGAUGUGGAGGAACCUUUGAGCAUUACUGGCCUAGAGACAUUUUCUUUGAGCUAUAAGGUUCAGUGGCCUUUGUCUCUUGUAAUAUCAAGAAAGGCCUUAACAAAAUAUCAGCUGAUAUUCCGUUUCUUGUUUCACUGUAAACAUGUGGACCGCCAGCUUUGUGGGGCCUGGCAAUUACAUCAAGUUGUCCGUGCUCUUAACACGCAAGGAACUGCAAUCUCUCGGUCAUCUCUGUUGUGCCGUAGCAUGCUUAAAUUUAUCAGUAGCCUUUUACAUUAUCUAACAUUUGAGGUUCUGGAACCCAACUGGCAUGUGAUGCAUAAUAGACUGCAAACUGCAAAGAGCAUCGAUGAGGUUAUCCAAUACCAUGAUUUUUUCCUCCAGAAGUGUCUGAGGGAAUGCUUGCUUCUUUUGCCUGAGCUCCUUAAGAAAGUGGAGAGGCUGAAAUCUAUAUGCCUUCAGUAUGCAGCAGCAACACAAUGGGUGAUUUCUUCUUCCAUUGACAUCCCUAAGAUUGAUACGCCAUCUGACGGUUCCCUUGGGAUGGAAAAGAUAAGACAUUUGAAAAUAAGGCACCCAUCUCACACACUUAAGUUUGCCGCAGAAAAUGCAACUGUGACAGAAUCUAUUCUGAGAUUCGAGAGGGAAUUCAAUUCUGAGCUUCAGAGCCUCGGGCCAAUUUUGAGCAGCAGUUCUCAAGCCGAACCAUAUUUAACUCAUCUUGCUCAGUGUAUUCUUGGAGUUGGAAGGGAGCAGUAGUUUCUGACAUCCUCCCUCUCGCAAUUUUUGGGAGUUGAUAUAUUCCUUGAGGCUAGGUUUACGUUAUGUUGCCUUGCCUGUCGGCCGUACUAUUGGUUGAGUGUAAGGGAAGAGAUCAAUGGAACUUUGAUUGUGGUGGUGGGUUGAGAGAUAAGGUGCUUGGCUGCGGAUGCCUGGCACUGCUGAUUUGUGUUUUUGACUUUAAACAUGUAAUGGGCUUCUCUUGUCUUGUGAGAUAUACGUUCAUAUAUUUAUUUGUUAAUCUGCCCUUAUUCUUGAA